CCUACGCUCUCUCUCUCUCUCUCUCUCUCUCUCUCUCUCUCUCUCUCUCUCUCUCCCUCCCCGUUUUGAAAUUCAACCCGAUCGAUGUCUCUCCUCCUUCCAAGAUCCAUUUCUGAUCACCUGAAGAUGAAUCCGCUCCGUCGAAAAUCGAAGCGCGGAAGAGAAAACACGGCUCCGCCGGAUCCGAACGUGCUGUGCGAUCGUCCGGUCUCGCCUUCUGUUCCUAAAAAACUGACGGCGCCAGCAGCGAAUUCGCAGAAAGUUGGAUCUGGAUCGGACAGUCAGGAUCAUAGAUCGGCGGCAUUGGAAGAUUCCUCCGUCAAGAUUGUUGCAAGGAUCCGACCUGUUAGUGGUCUGGAGAGAGGAUCGGAUCGGAUUGUUCGGAAGCUUUCCUCGAAUUCGUUAUCUGUUGAAGACCGGAUAUUUUCUUUUGAUUCUGUAGUUGAUUCAGAUUCUACUCAGGAAGAUGUUUUUCAGUUGGUUGGCAUCCCAUUGGUAAAGAACUCUUUGGCUGGUUUUAACACUUCCAUACUGUCAUAUGGACAGACGGGAAGUGGGAAGACCCAUACAAUGUGGGGCCCACCAAGCGCUAUGGUGGAAGGGAACUACUCCCCAAGAAGCAACCAGGGGAUUGUCCCUCGCAUCUUCCAUAUGCUGUUUUCAGAGAUUCAGAAAGAAAAAGAGAAUUCGGAUGAGGGACAAAUAAACUACCAAUGUCGCUGUUCAUUUCUUGAGAUAUACAAGGAACAGAUAACUGAUUUACUGGAUCCAACACAGCGAAAUCUUCAGAUAAGAGACGAUGCCAAGAAUGGCUUCUAUGUCGAGAAUCUGAGUGAGGAAUAUGUGACUUCCUUUGAGGAUGUAACUCAGAUCUUAAUUAAGGGACUUUCUAACAGAAAGGUUGGUGCUACAAGCAUAAAUUCGAAGAGCUCCCGAUCUCAUAUCAUUUUCACUUGCGUCAUCGAAUCCUGGUGCAAGGGAACAUUGUCGAAAUGCUUUAGCAGUUCAAAGAGUAGCAGAAUUAGUCUUGUGGAUCUUGCAGGAUCAGAAAGAAAUAAACUUGAUGAUGCAGGUAGAGAGUGUGUUAAGGACGCCAGAAAUGUAAAGUGGUCUCUUUCACAGCUUGGGUACUUAGUCAACACUCUAGCAGAAGUUGGUCAAUCUGGCAAACCUCAAAACAUUCCAUACAAAAAUUCCUGUUUGACACAUCUAUUGCGGGAAUCACUUGGGGGCAAUGCAAAACUUACAGUUAUUUGUGCUAUUUCUCCAGAUGACAGAUGCAAGGGUGAAACUCUGAGCACUCUAAGGUUUGGACAAAGAGCAAAAUCCAUACAAAACAAGGCUGUUAUAAAUGAAAUAACAGAGGAUUAUGUUAAUGAUUUGAGUGACCAGAUUCGUCAACUAAAGGAAGAGCUUACCAGAGUGAAAUCAAAUGGAGACGAUGGUUCGGUUGGUAACAAUGGCGGAUACUUCAAACGACACAAUGCCCGUGAAAGCUUGAAUCAACUCAGAUUGAGUCUGAACCGUUCUUUGAUCUUACCUCAUAUAGAAAGUGAUUCAGAAGAAGAAAUAAACAUUGACGAGGAGGACGUAAGAGAAUUAUGCGUCCAACUGCACAAUGUGCAUGAUCCCAGUGAAGAUAACUUGAGGGACAUGCCUGAAAACAACAUGUCAAUGCAGUUUUCUUCCUUUGAAGAAAAUUCAGAUAUGGACACAGCCAAUGGUUUAGAUUCACUUGAGAAUGGUUUUGAACUUAGUGCCACCAUUCCCCCGGAAGGUAAAAGCAACAAUAUUCUGUUGAGAGAACCUGAGAAGGAAUGCCGGAGCGGGUCUCUGGAGAACCUUCAUGCUUCCCAAGACAUUUUGGGAGCUAUAAAAGAAGAUCAAUCUCAAGAUUCUAGCAGCACUUCUGCAUCAAUGGUCAGAGCAAGUCUCACGAUCAUACCAUCCCGACAGUCUCCAGUCCUCCUAGACCCAACCCUUUCUGAUUCUCCAAAAAUUGAUAACAAGCAAAAGAAAACUGUCUCUUUCGUGUCGUCGAAUCUUUCAGAAAGUCAGCAUAAUCCAUCCGAGAGCCCCAAGUUGAAUUCAGAUGUCUUGAGACAGUCAGUUAAGAGAAGCGAUAACAUCCGUUCCUCCUUGCAAUCAAGCAAGGCAUUCUCAAACCCAACUGAGUCCUUGGCUGCCAGCCUUCAUAGAGGCUUGCAGAUUAUCGACUAUCAUCAGCAGUAUUCAGCUUCCAAGAAUAGCUUUUCCUUUGAAAACUUAAUACUUAAACAAUCUCAUGCAGCUGAAAGAGUUGAUGCCAGUAUGCAAACACCAGCAGAAUACGGACAACCUUUAGGCGAAUCCAGCAAUUCUUUCCUAUGUGCACUUUGUAAACGGGGGGAUAGUAAUGGUUCUAAGCAAGUUCGAGACAGCCUAAAUACAUGCAUUGUGCCAUUUGAUGAAGUUGGGACUACUGAUAGAUUGAGAAAUCAAGUAGCCAAGGAUGAAGAAAAUGAUUUGGCAGCAGCCAUCAAGAGGCAGCAGGAGCUUGAAAAGGUCUGUGCUGAGCAAGUGGCUAAAAUCGAGCAACUGAAUCAUCUGGUUGAGCAAUGCAAACUGGAGCAUCAACAUGAUUCAGUUAUAAAACAGAGUCAGGACACCAAAAUUCUUUGCCUUGAAGGGCUGACGGAAGAGAAUAUGUUGUUAGCUGAUGAACGCAAGAUUUUAAAACUUGGUUAUGAAAACCAUCCUGAGGUUUCAAGCACAGAUGGUGAGCCGAAGGAACUCCAGAAAGAACUGGAUCAUGAAUACAAGGUCUCUUUCGAAAUGGGCGAGAAGGAAGCACUUCUCAAGGAAAUCCAAAGUUUAAAGGACCAGUUGCAAUCACAUAUAAAUGCUUCUUCAAAUGGUUCUGUUCAAAAACAGAGCUCGACUGCAUUGUCACAAUCAAUCCAACUGAGAAGUAGUGCUGUUGGUUCUAUUUCUCUGGACGAAGUGGGGAAAGAAUUAGAGAAGGAAAGGCAGAAGUGGACCGAGAUGGAGAGCGGGUGGAUUUCUUUAACCGAAGAGCUCAGAGUUGAUCUUGAAUCGAACCGCCGGCUUGCGGAGAAGACAGAGAUUGAGCUGAGACAUGAAAAGAAAUGCUCGGACGAGUUGGAUGAUGCGCUGCAGAGGGCAAUGCUUGGGCAUGCUAGAAUGAUCGAACACUAUGCUGAGCUGCAAGAGAAGUAUAAUGGGUUGCUCGAGAAGCAUCGGAAGAUCAUGGAAGGGAUCGCAGAGGUGAAGAGGGUAGCUGCGAAAGCAGGAGGCAAGGGUGCAGGUAAGCGCUUUGUUGAAUCUCUUGCUGCAGAGCUCUCAGCUUUGAGAGUUGAGAGGGAUAGGGAGAGGGAUCGUUUGAAGAAGGAGAACAAGAGUCUUAAAGUUCAGUUGAGAGAUACAGCAGAAGCUGUACAUGCUGCUGGAGAACUCCUUGUGAGACUGAAAGAAGCUGAGGAAGCUGUUUCAGCAACUGAGGAGAAGUUUGUGCAAGCUCAGCAAGAGAGUGAGAAAGUAAAGAAGCAAAUGGAAAAACUAAAGAAAAAGCACAAGAUGGAGAUCAUCACCAUGAAACAGUAUCUUGCAGAGAGCCGAUUGCCUGAAUCUGCACUACGGCCCGUAUUGCAGCAAGAUCUCGAUCGACCAGAUGAUCAGGAUGACUGGAGAGCUGAAUUCAGCCCACUUUAUCGUCAAGACAGCUACAACAACUCAAUGGGUUACAACAAUUCGAAUGUGCGGAGCUACGUCGACUUGUAUAGAGAUAAGUAGCACAGAAAUUCACUGCAUGUAUACAUUACAACCACUGUCAGUGUAUCAAUGGCUUGGCUCCAAUGCGACUUGAUCGGUUGGUUCGAGCGGGACCCUUCUUGGGUCUGAUAAGUAAACGCAUGGUUGGAGUGGCUUCAGCUAGGCUUGACUUGAGUCAGCUUGAUUUGAUUUCGCAUAGUGAUUUGAAUUUUGGAUUAUUGUUUUUACCCCUCAGAUUGGUGGAAACAAAUAAGAUUGUAGAAUUGUCUUUCAUUU